AUGGCUGAAACCUCAGACCAUCAUCACCAUCACCAUCACGAUGCUCCUGAUGGAGAUGAAAGUCUUCGUCCUGACAAUGAGGCGUUCACCGAAGCAAAUCGCGCACAUUGGAAUAACUUCGCCUCGCGAUACACCUCGGAGGAGUGGCAACGAGAUCUUCUCAACAAGGUGACCGCAUUCAUCCACCAGCACGUGAAUUGGAUCGGCGUGGACUUCAUCGACCCUUCAGCGACGUUCGAGACCCAAUCACCGUCCUCCGCUAAACGACAGGUACGCGUUUUGGACUAUGCAUGUGGACCGGGAACCAUCACACAUGCUCUCGCCGCGCGUGCCACGGAAUACGUUGGCAUCGAUCUGAGUGAAAACAUGGUGAAGGCUUACAACAUGCGUUUCAAUCCUGACUCCACAAACACUGGCAAUACCUCAUCAUUGGUGGAUGGUUCGGCCGGGCUGGACGACAGGCUCGACGAAAACUUGACAGCCCACGCCGUGGUCGGCAAUCUUCUUGACCCGAAGGACCCUUGCCCUUCGCACCUAGCUUCGCCUGAAUUCUUCGAUUUCGACCUCGUGGCUGUAGGCCUGGGAUAUCACCACUUCCAAGACAUCCAACUUGCCACAAAACGGCUCGUUGAACGGUUGCGGCCAGGAGGGGUCUUUUUAAUUCUGGACUUCGUCACCCACGCCAUGGAGGAGAGCUCGGAUGCCACGAAGCAGAGUGUCAUGCACACGGUGGCCCAUGCCGGGUUCAGCGAGGAGGAAUUGAGGAGCUACUUCGAGGCUGCCGGAUUGGCGGAUUUCGGGAUUGUGAGGAUGGAUGGUGAAGUAUUGAUUCGGGGGGAAGUGAAGAGGAGGCCAUUCCUUGCUAGAGGCCGAAAGGCUCAGCUGUAG